AUGUUACAAAUAGAACAUAAUAACUUAUUGAUUCAAAAUACUUUGACGGAUAGAAUAUUUCCUAGUCCGGAUGCUCCUUUGAAAUCUUUAGAUAGAAUUGUUUCCGAUUUUGAUUUUACUACGUACCAUAUUUCGACAUUACCAGAUAAUAGAGAAUUGAUCCUUAUUUCUGUAUACUUAAAGUGCUGGAGUGAUUUGGUUAAUUAUGGGGUCGAAGCCUACUUGGGAAACAAGUAUUCCAAAUACGAAGGACCUUUGACCACUUUACCGAGCAAAGAUAUCGAGUCUAAUUAUAAUUACUCAAUGGUUUUAGAUUUGAGUCAAUUAAGUAGUAAAGACGAUGAAUUUAAGAAUCAAUUGAUUGAAGAUUUAUCAUUUUUGAAAAGACAUUGCAUGGCUGCCCCAUUCGAACAAGCCUUUAGCAGAUAUGACGAGUUAAGUGAAACAUACGCUAGCAGUAACACGUAUGCCGAGGAGAUUCAAAGUGAAUUAAAGAAUGAACAGGUGUUAACUAUUAAUUAUCGUGGUUCAGAUGAGAGCAUUUACAUCAAGCCUUCCUUCGACAGAGUUACCGUAAUUUUCUCUACUAUUUUCAAAGAUGAAACAGAUAAAAUCUUCGGUAAAGUUUUCCUCCAAGAAUUCGUCGAUGCAAGAAAAAGAUCAGUUCAAAAUGCCCCACAAGUAUUAUAUUCCCACAAGGUACCUCCGUUGGAUAUUCAACGUGUGGUUAAGAAUUAUGACGAUGAUAACAAGGGUUACGUUACAUUUGUUUUAUUUCCUAGACAUUUAAUUAAAGGGGACAGAAGAGAUAAUUGUAUUUCUCAUAUUCAGUUCUUCAGAAACUACUUUCAUUAUCAUAUUAAAUGUUCUAAAGCGUACAUGCAUUCGAGAAUGAGAUUUAGAGUUAAAGAAUUCUUGAAGGUCUUAAACAGAGCUAAGCCAGAAAAUAUCGACGAUGACGGUAAAGCGAUUGAAAACAGAAAGACAGCCAGUGGUAGAAGAUUCGACUCAACCAGGGUUUGA